UGUAAAAUAAAUAAGUAAACUUCAUUUAAAAUAUCAUUGAAAUAUUUCAAAUCUUAUUUAUGUCCAAAGGGACAGAUUAAUUGUAAAUCUUUCCUUGUUUUUUUUCACUUGGUGUAAUCUUCUAUCUCUCCUUACUCCGGCAUAAUCCCGUCGACCUUACAUCUGAAAUCGUCACCGUAACUGCUCUUAACGGAAAAAUGAGCACAGUGCCGGAAGAGGCAAUCGACGUGAUAUCACAAAGCAUCGGAAUAAGCAAUUUAUCACCGGAUGUCUUGCCAGCUCUCGCCGCCGACGUCGAGUACCGUAUUCGGGAAAUUAUGCAGGAGGCUAUAAAGUGUAUGCGCCAUUCGAAGAGAACUACUUUAUCUACUGAUGAUGUUGAUUCUGCACUCACCUUGAGAAAUGUGGAGCCAAUAUAUGGUUUUGCUUCGGGAGAUCCCUUACGAUUCAGGAGAGCUGCUGGGCAUAAGGAUUUGUUCUAUAUUGAAGAGAAGGAUAUAGAAUUCAAAGAUGUGAUUGAAGCACCUCUGCCAAAAGCACCAUUAGAUACUGCUCUUUUUGCUCAUUGGUUAGCUAUAGAAGGGGUACAGCCUGCUAUUCCCGAAAACCCUCCACUUGAAGCACUUGUUCCACCUCCUGAUAACCAAAAGGCAGAGUAUAAGGAGGAUGGAGUUCCUGUUGAUCUUAAAGUACCUGUUAAGCAUGUCUUAUCCCGUGAGCUUCAGCUUUAUUAUGACAAGAUUACAGAGCUUAUCAUGAACAAAUCCAACUCCCCUCUCUUCAAAGAAGCUUUAGCAAGCUUAGCAACAGACCCUGGGCUCCACCCCUUAGUUCCGUACUUCACAUAUUUUGUUGCUGAUGAGGUUGCACGGAAUUUGAAUAAUUUUGAUCUCCUUUUUGCUUUGAUGAGGCUGGUCUGGAGCCUUCUUCAAAAUUCUCAUUUACAUAUUGAACCAUAUCUGCACCAGUCGAUGCCGUCUGUAAUGACAUGCCUUGUUGCGAAAAGGCUGGGGAAUAAAUUCGCUGACGACCAUUGGGAGCUAAGGGACUUCACAGCAAAGUUGAUUGCUUUAAUAUGCAGGCGAUAUGGUCAUGUCUAUCACAGUCUCCAACCACGUGUCACGAAGACUCUGCUGCAUGCUUAUCUUGAUCCAGCUAAGGCACUGCCACAGCAUUAUGGAGCAAUUCAAGGGCUAGCAGCUCUUGGACCUGGUGUGGUUCGCCUGCUUGUGCUGCCAAAUCUUGAAGCUUAUUUGCGAUUGUUGGAGCCUGAAAUGCAGUUUGAGAAACAAAAAAAUGAAGUGAAAAGACAUGAAGCUUGGCGCGUAUAUGGGGCCUUAAUGUGCGCUGCGGGUCUAUGCAUGUAUGAGCAUUUCAAGAUGCUUCCUGCAUCUCUGUGUCAAUCAAAUCAGACAUUCCUGAAGAGUCAAUUAAAAGUCUUGACUACAUUGCCGAACAAACGCAAAACGAGCAUGGACAACAUGGUCUCACAGCCGCCAACCAAGAAAUUAGUGACAGAUGGUCCUACACCAAUGCUAUCAGAUUCUUUGUCAGCAGACAUACAAGGAGCUACCGAUGGACAUGACACAGUUCCGGCUGUUACAGAUGGGGAUUUAUCAUCAAGUGACACAGUUCUGGCUGUUACAGAUGGGGAUUUAUCAUCAAGUCCACAAGAUUUGCAAAAUAAGAAUGUGACCAAUGUGACGAAACCCAGCAAAAGGGAGAUUACUGGCGGGCAAAGCCAAAAAACACCAGCUGCUCCUGGUCAGGCCCUGAAGAAGGAUAUGGAUGCUGCAAAUUUGUUGCCACCUCUAUUUGAUUAUUUUGGUGAAAGUAUGUUAUUCUUUGUACCUUCCCCUGAAUUGUCAUUCUUUUUGUGAUCCUCUUCUAUGCAUCUAUAUUGUUCACAUCUCUGGGUAGUAGUAUGUAUCUAACGUUUUAAUAUAUACUACAUUUUUAUACUUUAGACCCCACAUCUCAAAUAUUAUUCCUUUAGAAACGAUGAUCAAGAUUCAAUAGCUUUAGCCAAGAACACACCCAAUGCAAUCCCUCAAGUGAAGUCUAGGGAGGGUGAAAUGUUCGUAGAAAGGUAGAAUUUCCAUAUCCUAGCUUUGGCCGGGAUAUGGACUUAUGAAUGUACAAGUAUAAUGUUUUUUCA